UGUAAGUUUAGCAAUCAAACAUUAUUUUAUCUGUCAAAAGCUAAUUUAUUGCAUCAAUCAAAAACGAAUUAUCCUCAAUCAGCUUCUCAUUACGUUUGGCUGCUGGGACGACAGAUUUUAUAUUUGUCCCGGCGAUGUUCAUUGGCUAGAAACGUGAUACUGUGUUAUAUUAGCCACGACGUAACUGCACGUGAGAUACAUCAUCCCGGCAAACGACAGUAAACCAGACGACAGUCGAGUACCAACAUGAUUCUGAUUUUAACGGCUUUGAUAGGUAUAGCCACCUCUACUCCUCUCCGGAGGGGAUACUGUGAUGACACCACCAGCCUAAAUCUGAUUUAUAACCUGAACGAACAGGAUGUUGAGAACCAACCAUUCGUCGAGUUCAUGAGGCUGUUAAAUAUCGAUAUCAACGACAAUCUUAACAAAGACGACCUGCUUUUCCUGUUGGGAAAUAUGUGUCGACAAAAAGUCCUAACGCUGGCGUGGCUGUUACGACAGGCUGAGGGCGUCUGUCCCCAUCCAGAAAAGAUCAGGAAUUUGAUUCAACCAAGUGGCGCUGUUUGUGAUGACAAUGGAAAUUUGACCGCAUCUGCAAGGAAUGCUCUUAGUUCCUUUGUGAGGGUGAACAAAUCUGUCGAUUGCCAUUUAGUCUACCAAGAGAUAUAUACUACGUGCGAGGUUGAUGCCAUGUUCAACGGCGAUGGUCCUUUGUACCCAGAAUUAACAUUGGAAAUAGAUAUCGCAGAGAAAACAAGAAUAAACACCGCCGCCAUUCGGUGUACACUGCCCCAGUUAGGUCGACUUCCUCCGAGUUGUGGAAGUCCCGCAGACCUGAAGAUAUUCUCACUGAUAUCGGAGCUUAUACAGUUGCAGCCAAUAAAACUCGAUGGGGAGGUUGAUUUUGGAGCCUUUUCUGACGUUAUGACAUAAAUCUUUUCCAAUAUGAAAUCCACAAUCAUUAUUUAUUCCCAGUCUAAAAUAAUAAAAUAAUGUGGCAAAGUAC